AUGAUUUCUGAUGAAGAAAAAGCAAUAAAAUAUCUUCAAGAGUAUAAUCUACUUCCAACAGUAAGAAAACGUGAAAAUAGACAUUUUAUGAAGCUAAAUUUAACGAAUCCAAUAAGAUGGCGUUGUAAUUUAAAAAGUGGCCGCAAAGAGAGUGGAAUAAGGGUGAAUUUUUGGUUUGAUGGAACCAAAUUGCCAUUACAAAAGACAAUUUCAUUCAUUUAUUAUUGGGCUCAUAAACAAUCGUCUGUGGAAGAUAUGAAGAGGGAAUUGGAUCUGAAUGCAGGUACAGUUGUUGCUUGGAACAGUUAUUUAAGAGAAGUCUGCUUUUAUAUAGAGAAAAAGAAGGAAAAUAAAAUAGGAGGAAAAGGGUUAACAGUUGAAGUGGAUGAAACCCUCUUUUCGCGAAGAAAAUAUAGUUGUAGCAGAAUCCUACCGCAGCAAUGGUGUUUUGGAGAAAUUUGCAGGGAAACAAAGAAGUAUUUUGUGGAGCCAGUUGCAAAUAGAGCUUCUAAAAUUCUAAUAAAAGUUUUGAAAAGAAGAGUGGCUAUAGAAACACUCAUUAUUUCUGAUAUGUGGAGAGACUAUUCUCAAGUAAGUGAUUCUGCGUAUGAGCAUUUGAAAGUGAAUCACAAAUAUAACUUUGUGGAUCCACUAACAAUUGCUCAUACCUAA